AUUGUGGCCAGCUGGGGUAGAAAAUGUCCUGGGCCGAGCAUCAGUGAGAAUACAGAUGGCCUCAGGGUUGGUGGUCAAUAUAGGAGGAAGAGUAAUGUCCCAUCAUUGGUGUCAGUGAGAGGAAUAGUGUCCCAUCAUUGGUGUCAGUGAGAGGAAUAGUGCCCCAUCAUUGGUCUCAGUGGAAGAAAUAGUGCUCCAUUUUUGAUGUCAGUGAGAGGAAUAAUGCUUCAUAUCAUUGGGAGCAAUAGUGCCCCAAGGGCUGGAUAAAGGCUAGCAAGGAACAGGGUCAGCAAGUCUCAGUGGGAGGAAUAGUGCCCCAUCAUUGGUGUCACUGAUACCAAUGAUGGGGCACUAUUCCUCCCACUG